AUGGAGACCCUCCACCCUCAACUUUUUUCCUGGUCUAUCAGCGACGAAUGGGUGAAGGAUGUGGGGAAGGAUGGCGCAAUAAAUCGAGAGUUAGAAGCUACACUUGGUCCAAGGAAGGAUGGUGGAAUCUUCCCAAUCCUAGAGAGAGGCCGUGGGAUGGAAAAUCUUGUCCAUAUACUCAAAUCCUGCCUUGAGGAACUUCCGGACUCAUUCUUAAUCAAUAAUUGGAUCAAAGACUCGAUCGCGUCGGCUGAAAAAAGUUUUAUAGAGCACCAGGUCAAACUGCCAGACAUCACACAACCUGUCAAUGACGAGAAUACACCAUCAGAUGCUUUUCGAGGACAUGCUCCCACUCAGGACACAAUCCAGCAGAAACAAAAUCUCAAGCGGCCCAGAGAGAAGGUUGCAGAUGACAGUCAAACCCAAAAGAAAGGCAAGAGCAAGCCAAAAAAGCGCGACACCAAGGCUAUGUCAGAGGCUGACAUUGUCGAUGACAGGUAUCGAGACCUGCCAGAGAAGGAAGACACCAGGAAGGGCGGACGACAGGCCAUGUCUCUUCUUGCGAAGAUCACACGUAUCUCAGUUGGCUUGGGGUCAUCAGGGAAGGAUGAAGGCAAAACCGUUAUCCAUUGUAUCUGCAGCCGGUACUGUGACCAAAAAGAGGUCUCAGCAAAGGAACUCCGGAACAAACAGAGAAUCCUGAAGCAUGCGGCAUCGUGUGGUUGGUUGGGAAAUAUCAAUGGGGGUGUAUGGAAAACCGAGGCAAUCCAAGCCCUGGCAGCGAAGGCGUAUGACAGCAAUGAUGAGGAAUGUGACUCGGGUCACGAGAAUACGUCAGGCCCAGCCAAACGAAAACACUCCAACAUUCACGGCGAUGAAUAUAAUGAGCCACCCCCUCGAAAACAGAAGAAUGAUGCUGGCUCGGCGGAGGCUCCCAUCGAUUUGGACGAGCCUAUUACUCCUGAGGACGCAAAGAGGAAGGCAGCUAGCAGUGGGAGCUCUUUCAAGGACUUCAAAACCAGGGGUCGGCAGCAACUCGAGGCAAGCGCUAAUCACAACCUUGUUCAGCUGGUUGCUUGCAACGGUCUUCCAUUCAAGUUCAUUGGGUCGGAAGAGUUUCGGAAAUUCUGUGCUGGGCUCAAUGGCCACUAUCAUGUUCCAAGUCCAACCACAUUCUCCGAUAGUCUGCUCCCUAACACAGCAGCUAGAGUCUUGCUGAAAAUGUUGGAUUACCUCCGUGAAUUCCACCACCUGCAGAUUAGUUUUGAUGGAGGAAAACUGCGGAGGAAAGGCUUCUAUACCGUCACGGUCACCACCCCUCACCGGCAGUCUUUCACAAUCGAGCUUGAUGAUGGUACACGACUCAGCCAUACAGCCAAAUAUGUUAUGGAGAUUCUUGAAAAGUGGGUUACGGCAAUUGGGCCAUAUCGAUUUAGCGGAACAUCAUCCGACUCGACUGCAGUUACGCUUAAGGCAAGGAGGGACCUUUGCAGCAAGUUCCCGCACAUUCUCAACAUGAACGAUGCAUGCCAUAAUCUCCAGAACACAAUGAAGGAUAUCUACGAUGUCUAUCGAUACUGGCUGGCUAUUCUUGCUCAGCUUCAUGAUCUCUUUCAGAAUGGGAAACACAAACUGGAGAUCCGAGUUAUUGAGCAAAUCAGAACGAUAGUUAACCGCCGUUACUCGGAGCUUAUUGAAAAUUCUCAUGCUCAAAACAUUUAUCUCACUGCUUUCUUUCUCGCCCCAGAAAAUCGAUCCUCCGAGAUUCUCAAGCGACCAAAUCCAUUGGCCGUACCAACAAUAAUACUCAGUAUACCCCGCAGCACUGACCCGAAUUCUCGUCCACCCAUCACUUUGAAGCAAAGCCCAAGUACUGUGCAAAAAAUCGGCGUCAGUUUACUCGGAAUCCUACGCAAAGAGUAUGAUGACGUCUACCAUCCAGAGGUAUCCUUGGAGAGUGCGCGGAAAGAGAUGGCUAACCGUAACCCAUACCUCGCAAAACACACACCAGCGGAGGCACUCGCACAGCUCAAGUCUCAACUUUCGGCUUAUAUGAACGGUGAGUCACCAUUUGUCUUCAAACAGUCAUUCAAAGGCACGGUCCGUGAGUGGUGGAUUCAGCUUGCCAGACAUGACGAGGCAGAUGUUCUCGCCGCCAUUGCCAUCAAGAUUUUUUCAGCCCUCCCGACGUCAAUGACUGAAGAGCGCGCGGUGUCAAUUGUAACGUGGAUGAACUCCGCUCGUCGAAAUCAUCAAUCGGUCGCCAUGGUAUCCCAUCUCCUUCGCGUUCGGCAAUGGUAUCGCAUGGAUGUUGCGUCAAAAACGAAAGAGAGGCUCUCGGUGAAAUGGAGAGACCUUCCCGCCAGUAUCCAUCGACCCUUGCGUUCACGAGCAACCCCUCCCAUUCAGACCCCCAACGCCGCCGACCAACCCGUAAGUCAAACCACGUCAACCGAAUCCACAAGCAAAGGUUCAGCUGCAAGCGACGAGGAUAAUGAUGAAGAGGAUGUCGGUGAUGCGUUGAGUUGGCUAGAUGACAUCCCUCGGGUUGAAGAGGAGUGGACUUCAGACUGGGAUUCUGAUAGUACCGACAUCCUUUCGACCUCAUCCUUCAAAGCUGCGGAAAUGGUCGAUAUUACUCACCCUGAUCUUCUCAACAUCCUCUCUGAUGCACCAGUCAGGAGGGGUGGUACUCAGACUGCCAUUCCCGUGAUAGAAAGUGGGCGUACGACGUCUACCAUGCACCAGGCAAUCACCAUGGAAGAUGCUAUUCCCGCAGAAAACGACUGGAUGUCAUUUGUACCAUAA